ACAACUUAGCUUGAUUUCCCAAAUUCCCACCCGCGAAUUGAAUUUUGUGUGAAUUUUCGAGCAAAGCCCCGAGCCGAAAACUUUCCAACAUUCCCUCGCGACUUCAAUUCCCAUCCCACCAGCCAACCGCCAUCCGCUCCUUUGCGAACUUCGUUCCCCCUUCUAGCAGCGAAGACAAAUAAACCGCAAUCAUGAGUGCCGCUCUUAACAAGAUCGCGCCCAACAGCCCGUCGCGCCAGAACCCGUCGGAGCUAGAGACCAGCAUCGCUAACGCUCUCUACGACCUCGAGACCAACACCACCGAUCUCAAGUCUGCCCUCCGACCCCUGCAGUUCGUUUCUGCCCGAGAGAUCGAAGUCGGCCACGGCAAGAAGGCUAUCGUCAUCUUUGUCCCCGUCCCAGCCCUACAGGGCUUCCACCGAGUCCAGCAGCGCUUGACUCGUGAGCUCGAGAAGAAGUUCUCCGACCGCCAUGUCCUGAUCCUCGCCUCGCGCCGCAUCCUUCCCCGACCCAAGCGCUCUGCCCGCUCGCGCAACACCCUCAAGCAGAAGCGACCCCGUUCGCGAACUCUGACUGCUGUCCACGACGCCAUCCUUACUGACCUCGUUUACCCCGUCGACAUCGUCGGCAAGCGUCUGCGCUACAAGGUAGACGGCAGCAAGCUCCUCAAGGUCAUCCUUGACGAGAAGGAGCGUGGUGGUGUCGACUACAGACUCGACACCUACUCCGAGGUCUACCGCCGCCUGACGGGCCGAACCGUCACCUUCGAGUUCCCCCAGUCCGGUGCCACCGAGUACUAGGGAUAGGCGGAUGUUAUCUGGGCUGGUAUGGGAAGAGAGUUUGGCAUUGUCUUUCAUGGAAUGAUAGCAUGGCAAAUCUGGUGGGCCAAAAACUACAUUACUGGCACGGCGUCUAGAUAGCUUGUGGACUAAAAUGACAAGCUGGUUUUAUGAUGACAUAUCACACUUAAUGAAUUGUUUUCGAUA